UCUAAUCCCCUCCACGGAAUCAAGCAAAUCUGCCGCCUUCCCGACCUCCGCGAAGGAGACGGGCAAAGCUUGAUAUAUACAUCUCGGAAAGAGUCCUCAAGGCGAGCUCCGAACACGACUCCUCCGUCCAGAUCCAGUCUUCCUUCCUUCCACCGCAGCUGGACCUCUCGCCGGCGUCCCCAUCCACCCGGACUUGGGCUCUGUUUUUCCUGGCAGGAGGGCGAUGGGGGUCGUCGUCAGGAGGGGUCUCGGAUCGGGGGUGUUCCUGGUCCUCCUGUGGCUCGUGGCUUUCUUGCGCGAUGCCGCGGCCAUCCGCUUCGUGAUCGACAGGGAGGAGUGCUUCUCCCACAACGUCGACUACGAAGGGGAUACCGUCCAUGUAUCCUUCGUUGUCAUCAAGGCGGACACGCCGUGGCAUUACACCCAGGACGGCGUGGAUCUUGUGGUUAAAGAUCCUAGAGGUGAUCAAAUCCAUGAUUCUCGUGGCAAGACUAGCGAUAAGUUCGAAUUCGUAGUUCACAAGCGAGGUGUCCAUCGCUUCUGCUUCACUAACAAGUCACCAUACCAUGAAACUGUUGACUUUGAUGUGCACAUCGGCCAUUUUUCAUAUUUUGACCAGCAUGCUAAAGAUGAGCACUUUGGCCCUUUGUUUGAACAAAUUGCGAAGUUGGAUGAGGCCCUCUACAACAUUCAGUUCGAACAGCACUGGUUAGAGGCCCAAACUGACCGCCAAGCAAUAUUAAACGAGAACAUGAGCAGGAGGGCAGUUCACAAGGCACUCUUUGAAUCAGCUGGCCUAGUUGCAGCCAGCGUUGUGCAGGUCUACCUCAUGCGCCGCCUCUUCGAGCGCAAGCUGGGGAGUUCUAGGGUCUAAUAAUUCUGUGGUAGUAGCAUCAGCAAAACAGGAUCUCCAUACUGCAUUGUAUUGUAUCUUUGCAAGAUUUGGCACAUCCUGUUCAUGAAUUUUUGUAAUUAAGUUGACAAAGUGCACUGAAGCUUUAGAAUUCCGCGUCCAGUUCCAAACCAAAA